AUGCAGGCGAAGAAGCUGACCCUGCUGCAGACGGUGGCAGCUGCGGGAGUCUUCUCCGCCGUCUCCUUCUGGUAUGGGUUCAUGUUUGGAAGGGAGUCCGCGCGGCGCGAGCUUGGUGGCAUCAUAGACGACCUCCGCAGCAACAAGCCCACCACGAUCUCUGCCGCUUCCUCGGAACCCGAUGCUCAUUCCAAGCCAUAG